ACGAGGUAAACACGGCCCAUGUAAGAACCGGCUUUCAGCUUCGAAAUCAUCGGAGAUCGAUAGAUGCCUGCCGCCGGCGUUAUCUAAUAACACUUUUAAUUUCUCCACUUCACAGCCGUUAAUUACUUCCAAGCUAAAUAAACCUCUUCCCACAGGUUUUGAUCGAUCUAUCGGAAGUAUUCGUCGGAGAAAUUAUAAUCUGAGCAUGUCCCCGCCGGCCGGCAAGAAAAUGACUGCAGGUUUCAGGCUGCCUUCCAUGCCGGAGCGAGCACUGAGUUCAUCGCCGGAAACAGCCGCCGCAACGCAGCUUACAAUCUUUUAUGGUGGCAGCGUACAUGUUUAUGACAAUGUUACUGCUGAUAAGGCGCAGGCGAUAAUGUUGUUAGCAGGGGAGAGUUGUUUGUCGGCGGCAGAAGUGGCAAAACAUCCUCGGCGGUGUGGACCGGAGCAGUACGCCGGAAAAUUUCCAACAGAGUUACCAAUUGUAAGAAGGAACUCGUUGAGGCAAUUUCUGGAGAAAAGAAAGAAUAGGAAGAUAAACAAUGGCCUUCAUGCAAUUUCUUCCACGGAAAGUCAUUAGCAAUCAUGAACCAAAAUAUAUUGAUUGCAAGCUUGUCUUUCUUUAACUCGAAGAACUACUAGCAGCACACACCGAGGCUACUAUUGUUCGAGAAACAUAAAAUUUCAAGAGUGAAAAAAAUACUCACCGUGGAUUAUAUAUGUAGGAUAUCCACGUAUUUAAUAAAAAACAAAAAGGAAAAGGAAAAUUCAUUUUAAAAAAAUGAUAAAUGCCACAUCAGCUGGGAACUGGGAACUGGGAAGUAACUAGAAAAUUAGGCGAAUUGCAUUUUUUGUUUGCUCGUUUGAUAUUGUAAUUAUGCACGUUUUUUGUUCAAUAGCAUAAUUGCACAAACUUGACAAAUUCAA